UAAAAUUAUAAGGAGCGAAAAACAUACUAUGGUUGUGAGAUCUUCGAUUCAUGCCGAGGAAUGUUUGGUGAGAAGAAGAGAAUAGAGAAAUAUACAGGAUAAAGUCGGAAAACAGCCAACACAGGAGAGGGAGUGGAUAAAAGCAAACCCACAGCCAAACGACACCUAUAAGUUGGCUCCAAUUGGUGAUUCCGAAAAAAGAGUGAGGCAGCCACACACAUAAAAGAGGAAAGUGAAAUCCAAUGGCGGAGGCUUUCUCACUCUCUCUGACACCACCGCAAAUGGCUUCUCUGAGUGGCGCCGCCGCGGCCUCCUCCCGCCUCCUCCCCAGAGCGCGGCUCGGUUUUUCAACUUCGUCUUCAACUCCUUCUCCUUCUUCACUCUCCCUUUCCUCUCUCAAAGGCCUCCGAUCCUCUCCUCUGCUCUCUCACCUCCUCCACCGUCAGAAAACGACUUCGGUCCGUGCAUCCAGCGGUGGCUUGGGUUUCAGCUCCGUGGCGGCUCCGAAAUGCUCGGCAUCCGAUCCGGAUCAGCUGAAGAGUGCUAGAGAAGACAUCAAGGAGCUUCUCAAAUCUAAAUUUUGUCAUCCUCUUUUGGUUCGCCUAGGAUGGCAUGACGCAGGUACUUAUAACAAGAACAUUGAGGAGUGGCCUCUAAGAGGUGGAGCAAAUGGAAGUCUGAGAUUUGAAAUUGAGCUGAAACAUGGGGCCAAUGCAGGUCUUGUUAAUGCAGUGAAACUUCUUCAGCCUAUCAAAGACAAGUAUUCUGGUGUGACAUAUGCAGACUUAUUCCAAUUGGCCAGUGCUACUGCCGUGGAGGAGGCUGGCGGACCCAAAAUCCCCAUGAAGUAUGGAAGGGUGGAUGCUUCAGGACCUGAACAGUGCCCAGAAGAAGGGAGGCUUCCUGAUGCUGGCCCCCCUUCACCUGCUGAUCAUCUACGUGAUGUUUUCUACAGAAUGGGGCUAAAUGACAAGGAAAUAGUUGCAUUAUCGGGUGCACACACGCUAGGAAGGUCCAGACCGGAACGCAGUGGUUGGGGAAAGCCGGAGACUAAGUAUACGAAAGAUGGACCAGGGGCACCAGGAGGACAGUCCUGGACAGUGCAAUGGCUGAAGUUUGAUAAUUCUUACUUCAAGGAUAUCAAAGAAAAAAUAGAUGAAGAACUACUUGUGUUGCCAACUGAUGCUAUUCUUUUCGAAGAUCCAUCUUUCAAGGUAUAUGCUGAGAAAUAUGCGGUAGAUCAAGAAGCAUUUUUCAAAGAUUAUGCUGAAGCCCAUGCAAAACUCAGUAACCUUGGAGCUAAAUUUGAUCCUCCUGAGGGUAUUGUGAUAGAUGAUGGUCCUGCAGAAGCUGCACCAGAGAAAUUUGUGGCAGCCAAGUAUUCAUCCGGGAAGGACUAAAACAAGUGUCAUGUUUCUUUUGCCGUAUCUUUAAUAACACAAGAUGAAGCUAUUUUCAAAUUCUGUGAACACACAUCUAAAACUUGGAAGUCUAAAUGAAGGAGAAAGGAAUAAGAUUCAAUAGUGUUGCCUAUUUGAAUUGCAGAAAGAGCUGUCAGAGGCUAUGAAGCAGAAGAUUCGUGCAGAGUAUGAAGCAGUUGGUGGAAGCCCAGAUAAGCCUCUCCAGUCCAACUAUUUUCUAAAUAUCAUGAUUGUGAUUGCUGUUUUGGCAUUUUUGACAACUCUGUUUGGAAACUAGGUUUGCUGAGUUAUUUAAUGGAAAUUGAAGUCAUCUAUCUGUGCUUCGGCUUAUUAA